AUGACAAGAUUCAGAGGAUGUAUUGAUUUACAUUCUGGUAAGGUGAAACAGAUUGUUGGUGGUACUUUGACAGAAGACGAUAUUAAUACCAAGGAAAACUUUGUCCUGAGUCUACCCUCUAAACAUUAUGCUGAACUUUAUAAAGAGAACGAAGUAUACGGAUGUCAUGUGAUCAAGCUAGGUCCUGGGAACGAUGAAGCAGCACAGGAAGCAUUACAAGUAUGGCCCAAUGGUUUACAAGUUGGUGGAGGAAUCAAUUUGGAUAAUGCACUCGAAUGGUUAGACAAUUAUAAAGCAUCUCACAUCAUUUUAACUAGUUGGCUCUUUACGGAGAACAAGUUUACCAAUCUACAAGAGUUCAAUUGGGAACGAUUGAAGAAAGUAGCAGCCUUGGUUGGAAGGAACAGACUUAUUGUUGACUUGAGUUGUCGUACAGUAGUGACUGGUGACAGUAGUAGCCAAAGUCAAUGGGUUGUGGCUAUGAAUAAAUGGCAGACAUUAACUAGUGCCAGUUUAAGUGCGGAAUUUUUAACUGAGGUAUCGAAAUAUUGUGACGAGUUUCUUAUUCAUGCAGCUGAUGUUGAAGGACUUUGUAAAGGCAUCGAUGAAGCAUUAGUAAAGCAAUUGGGUGAAUGGUGUCCCGCUGGAUUUGAAGGGAAAAUCGUCUAUGCUGGGGGAGCGAAACUGGUUGCAGACUUGGACUUGGUUAAUGAGUUGAGUCAUGGCAAAGUGGACUUGACGUUUGGAAGCUCCUUAGACAUUUUUGGUGGAGAUUUAGUCAAGUUUGAAGAUGUACUCAAGUGGAAUAAGAGCCACUGA